AUGUCCAAAGUCGCAGCCUUAGGCCACGGCCGCCCAUCCACCAUGCCGCGCGCCGCGCCGACCGAGCGCAUCGCCUCCGGCGCAGCAUACACCAUGUUCACGCCCCAGCAGGUCAAGCAGUUCAAGGAGGCGUUCAACAUGAUUGACCAGGACGGGGAUGGGCGGGUUGGCCGGGGGGAUUUGGAGGUGAUGUUGGGGAAUUUGGGCCAGACCCCCACCCCCGCGCUCCUCGACAAGCUCCUCUCCUCCCGUCCCCGCGGCACAGCCGCCACGACCCCCGACAUCAACUUCACCCAGUUCCUCACCAUGAUGGGCGAGCACCUCAUCCACCUCGACCACGAGCACGACCUCCUCGAGGCGUUUGCGUGCUUUGACGACGGGGACAAGGGGUGGGUCGAUACCGCCGAGGUUCGGAAGCAUCUCGCCGAGAUGGGCGACCACAUGAGCCAAGACGAGAUCGACCGCCUGUUCAACGGCCCAUACACCGACCGCCAGGGACGGUUCAACUAUGUCGAGUGGGCAAAGGUCCUGCGCGUCAACGACGGCGACGACACAACCGACGGCGCGCUGGCUAUUUGAGCGGCGCGCAACAACCACGGCACCUCCCCGCUUCUGUACUAUG